AUGGAUGCACGCGUGCCGAAAAAAUCCAUGUUUCAACCAAAAGAUCAUUCGGAAUUGAAUUCCGAGGCCGAUAUUGGUGACGAUGCUCCUGCUCUGGACGAGGCCGAUUCCGAACAUUGCUCAUUCUCCCUACUGGACUCCGAUGAAGAUGCUGGCCAUUUGAACGAUGAGGCUGAAAUUGAUCAUAGUGGAUCACGUCCUGAUUGCACAAAUAUGUCUUCCUCGCUUACGGAUGCCAUUGUUUCCAGUCCGUCCUCAUCCACUCAGUCCAUGGAUGAGUAUUCCCUAACCCGACUAUCCGAGCCCCGACCGAGUUCCGGUCGCGUAACACGAGCGAAGAGUGACCGACGUACAGCCAAACAGUUGACUGAGAGAAAACGUCGCGAUCGAAUCAACGCUCUAUUGGAUACGUUACGCACGUUGAUUUUGCGUCUUUUGCGGAAAAAUCCACGUCAUCACCGAAAAUUGGAGAAAGCGGAUAUUUUGGAACUUGUGGUCUCUUUCCUCAAACGUGAACUGCACAAAUCUCGUCAUCAGACUGAUCCCAGUAUUGAUCCGAAAUCGUCAAUCACAUUGGAUCAUGCGAGAUCCUGUUCGUUUUCGUUGAAUCAAGACAUGAAAACUGCCCCACAAUGCGUUGCUGCCACCCCUGAUGUUUUCCCUUCACCCCCACACAUCCCGAUCACUUAUCCACCAACCCCAUACGAUCCAUAUGCGUCCAAUUUUACAAUCCCAAUAUCUCAGCUACCCCCGGCUCCGUAUAUGCUUGUCACAGACCCCUCACAGAAUCCUGUUCCCUAUCCGGCUUCUGGUUGUCCCAUACCAUUUUAUCCAUUCAAAUCGGGCAUAGAUACCAACUGUAACCUUCCUGAAUCCACAACAUUGUCCAAUACGAUCACCAGUCGAAGACCUCUGGGUUCCAUCGAAAACAUGAACCGAAAUGCGGUUCAAACGACUACUAUAAAUGCAUUCAUGGGAUACGUCCGAUCGCCCACAAAGGAUAGAAGACCACUGCAAUCGCAAACACAAUCACAGGUACUACAACCAUCAUCUUCAUCAGCGCAUAUUAGUACCUUGAUUGCCGCACGCUCAGUUGGUUCCGGUAUGCCCCCCUCUGUUCCCGGUCCUACCGGUCCUGACUGUGUUCAUAAAACACGUGUUCUGAAUGACGAAAACCAGGGCAGUUAUUCUCAUUUGCAAAGUGUGCUCGGUUCGACAGCUCCAUCUCAGACAUUGUGGAGACCGUAUGUUUGA